UUUUUUUCCCCACUGUAUGUUAUCAACCAAUGUGUUUUAUCCAUCUGUGUCUAGGCCAUUGAGGGCUUUGCUUUGAUGGUGAAGGGAACAGCUCAGAUCCUGCAGUCAUUUGGGACAGAGCUAGCAGAGACUGAACUACCCAACGAGAUCCAGGCUACCGUCAACUUACUGAGGACACACACAAACAAGAAAGACAAGAUGAAGGUACAGAGCGCGCACACACACACACACACACACACACACACACACACACACACACACACACACACACACACACACACACACACACACACACACGGUCCUCCAGAUAGACAAAUACACAAAUUAAUAUGAGGCAGAAUGUAUUUAAUGACAAUCCAUCUGUGUUGAAUCUAAAUGAACUGUUGUAUAAUGUUCUUUAUCCCACACUGCUGAUCUCAGAGUGGUAGUGUGUGUGUGUAUCUGACUCCCGGGAUGUGGGUGUGUCUCCAGGAGGAUCUGCAGGUGGCUCUAGGACAGGGCAGCAGACUGUUGGAGAGGAUUAAUGAACCAGUGGUCAGAGAUCCCGACCACAGCAUGAACCAGGACGAACUGGAGAAUCUGGCCACCGUACAGAGGUUAGAACACACACUGGGAACCUAGAACACUGGGGUUAGAACACACACUGGGAACCUAGAACACUGGGGUUAGAACACACACUGGUAACCUAGAACACUGGGGUUAGAACACACACUGGGAACCUAGAACACUGGGGUUAGAACACACACUGGUAACCUAGAACACUGGGGUUAGAACACACACUGGUAACCUAGAACACUGGGAUUAGAGAACACACUGGCAGCCUAGAACACUAGGGUUAGACGUAGAACACACACCUACAACCUAGAACCCUGGGGUUAGAACACACACUGGGAACCUAGAAGACUGGGGUUAGAACACACACUGGGAACCUAGAACACAAGGGUUAGACAUAGAACAAACACCUACAACCUAGAACCCUGGGGUUAGAACACACACUGGGAACCUAGAAGACUGGGGUUAGAACACACACUGGGAACCUAGAACACUAGGGUUAGACGUAGAACACACACCUACAACCUAGAACCCUGGGGUUAGAACGCACACUGGGAACCUAGAAGACUGGGGUUAGAACACACACUGGGAACCUAGAACACUAGGGUUAGAACACACACUGAUAAUCUAGAACACUGGGGUUAGAACACACACUGGGAACCCAGAAUACUGGGGUUAGAACACAAACCGGGAAUCUAGAACACUGGGGUUUUAAAAAUCCAAUAAAAAUCUAAACCCUGUGGUUGAACCCCCCACUGGGAAUCAGAACCCCGGGGGUUUAGAACACACACCUUGAAUCUAGAACCCGGGGGUUUUAGAAACCCCGGGAAAAUCUGAACCCUUGGGUUAGAACAAAACACGGGGAACCCCAGAACCGGGUUUGGGCUUAGAAAAACAAAAGUUAGAACCUAAAACAUUGGACUUAAACCCCGGGAAUCUAAACCCCGGGGUUAAACACCCGUGGGAAUCAGCCCCACGGGGGGUUGGGACUUAGAAACCACAUUUUUAGAACCUUAAAAAUACGGUUUUAGAACACCCCACUGAAACCUAGAAGUUUGGGGGGUUAGAACCCCCACGGGGAAACCUAGAACUUUGGGGGUUUUAAAAACACACUUUGGGAAAACCCUGAACUUUGGGGGGUUAAACACCAAAAGGGACAAACCCACACACGGGGGGGACGAACACACGCGGGGGCAAAACCCACGAAAGGGGGGAACGAACCCCGGGGGACAGAACACACGCGGGGGAAAACCACCCAAGGGACAAAACAAACCCCGGGGGACAGAAAAACACCCAGAGGGCCCAAACACAGCCAAAAGGGAAACAAAACCCAACGCAAGGGACAGAACACCCCGGGGCCCGAACACCACAGAGGCGAACACACGCAAGGGACAGAACCCAGAGGGACAAACCCCCCAAAAGGGACAGAAAAAAGAACAAGAACAAAAAAACAGAGGGACAGAACAACACAGGGGGAACAGAACCACAAAAGGGGGUCAAAACCAAACAGGGGGACAAACACCAAAGGCAGACCCCACACUAGGGGACAGAACCACCAUAGGACAAACCCCAAAAGAACAGAACACCCCAGAGGGACAAAACACACACAGGGGACAAAACCCCCACCAUAGGGACAAACCACGAGGACAGAACCCACAAGGAACAACAUAAAAACACGAAAAACACAAGUUUGCCCAAAUUCUCAUGCCCGGUCUCUUCUCUAUCUUCUCUCCCCUUUUUCUCUAAACCCUCUCUCUCUUUCUCUGGCCCCAUCUGGUUUCCCCUCACCCCCCCAUCACUGUUUCUCUCUCUUUAACCCUCCCCAUAUUUUCCCCCAUCAUUUUUCUCUUUUCCUUCUAUCCCUUCUCCCCUCUUCCUCCAUCCCUCUCUCCCUCUCUCCUCUCCUCCGUCAGACGGGCUGUCCCAUUUUUGUUUGAGACAAAAGGGGGCUUUUUAAAUGGGGUUUUGGGGUGAAAAAAACCAGGCUAACGGACAGUGCCCCUUCAGCCCGUCAUUUUUAAAACAAAAUUUCCCCAAAAAAAUUUGGGGGAAACAACACACCCCCUAAAGGGCUGACAUUUGGGAACAUAAAACAAAGCACAGUAUCUAAAGAGAAAUACCCCAUAGAGAACUUUAGUGACACCCCUUUAUUUUUGUAAACCUAGGGGAACAUGACAACCCAACCUGCUUUUUGUGCGUGAAACAACCGGAUCAGUUUUAAAAUUGUGCUUUUGUGUACAUCAUUACACCUGUGUGUGUUCUGUUUUGCGGCUCUUUAGGUGAGAUGUCUGCUUACCAGGUGGCAGAGAAUUGAAAAGCUUUCUAAAGGUUUGGGGAAUAAACCCCCCCCCAUGCUGACCCCCUCACCCGGGGCCUGAACAGCCAAAGGAAAAAGCCCUUAGUAAAAAACCCCAACACCCCUGAUAAACAUUAUUUCCACAAUACUAUAAAACUCUCAUCACCCCCCUUUUUAUCUCUCUCUCCUCCCCUCCCCCUCCCCUCUCUCUCUCCCCUCUCUCCUCCCCCUCCUCUCUCUCUCUCCUCUCUCUCUCUCUCCCCUUCCUCCCCUUUCCUCUCCUCUCUCUCUCUCCCCUCUCUUCCCUCUCCUCUCCUCCCCCUCCUCCCCUCCUCUCCUCCCUAUCUCCCCUUCUCUAAAACUUCCCCUCCCCUUUCUUUUCUCUCUCCCCCACCCCUCCUCCUCCCCUCCCUCUCUCUCCCUUUCCUCUUCUUUUUCUCUCCUCCUUGCUCCUCUCUCUCUCCCCUCCCCCCCCCCUCUCUUUUCCCCUCUCCCCCCCUUCUCCCCCUCUCCUCUCUUCCUCCCCUCCCUCCUCCCCCCCUCCCCCUUCGUCUCCCCCAAACCCCUUCUCUCUCCCCUCUCUCUUCUCCCCCUCCCUCCUCCUCUUUCUCUCUCUCUCUCCCUCUCUCUCCCCUCCCCCAUCCCUCUUUUCUCUCCCUCUCUCUCCUCUCCUUCCUCUCUUCUUUUCUUCUGCUGUCGGGGGGUAAGUAUUUGGGUUUCCCGCCCAGGCUUUUCCACUUGAAGGGUAACUCUUUUGAUUCCAACCCAAAAACCCGUUUUGGGGACUCCCCAAUCCAAACCCAAUAGAUCCAGCCAACGGGAACUGAGUUGCCAACCUAGACCCCCCAAAAAAAACCCCCUCCAACUUUUUGGGUUUUCCCACCACAUCUAAGGGGGGGGGCCCGCCACCCCUCCAUACCCCCCUACCCCAAACCCCAAAACCCAUCCCACCUUCCAUCCACCCCCUCCUCCCCACCCCUCCUAAAACCCCCAUUCCCCCACCCACAACAACCCCUUCCAUACCCCACACACUUCCCUCCAAAACACCCCCCCUUCAAAACGGGGGGUUUCCCCUUAAAAUGUCCCGGGUUUUCCCCAAAAAAAAGGGAAAAAAUUUUGUCCAUUAAAAUAACAUCAAAUUGAUCAGAAAUACAGUGUAGAAAACCCUUUUGCAAUUAUGUUAGCACAGCUGAAAACUGUUGUGCUGAUUAAAGAAGCAAUAAAACUGGCCUUCUUGAGACUAGUUGAAUAUCUGGAGCAUCAGCAAUUGUGGAUUCGAUUACAGGCUCAAAAUGGCCAGAAACAAAUAACUUUCUCCUAAAACUCAUCAGUCUAUUCUUGUUCUGAGAAAUGAAGGCUAUUCCAUGUGAGAAAUUGCCAAGAAACUGAAGAUCUCCUACAACGCUGUGUACUACUCCCUUCACAGAACAGCGCAAACUGGCUCUAAUCAGAAUAGAAAGAGGAGUGGGAGGCCCCGGUGCACAACUGAGCAAGAGGACAAAUACAUUAGAGUGUCUAGUUUGAGAAACAGACACCUCACAGGUCCUCAACUGGCAGCUUCAUUAAAUAGUACCCGCAAAACACCAGUCUCAACAUCAACAGUGAAGAGGCGACUCCGGGAUGCUGACCUUCUAGGCAGAGUUGCAAAGAAAAAGCCAUAUCUCAGACUGCCCAUCUUAAUCUUUUAUUUUUAUUGGCCAGUCUGAGAUAUGGCUUUUUCUUUUAACUCUGCCUAGAAGGUCAGCAUCCUGGAGUCGCCUCUUCACUGUUGAUGUUGAGACUGGUGUUUUGCGGGUACUAUUUAAUGAAGCUGCCAGUUGAGGACCUGUGAGGUGUCUGUUUCUCAAACUAGACACUCUAAUGUAUUUGUCCUCUUGCUCAGUUGUGCACCGGGGCCUCCCACUCCUCUUUCUAUUCUGAUUAGAGCCAGUUUGCGCUGUUCUGUGAAGGGAGUAGUACACAGCGUUGUAGUUUUCUAAUGAUCAAUUAGCCUUUUAAAAUGAUAAACUUGGAUUAGAAAACACAACAUGCCAUUGGAACACAGGACUGAUGGUUGCUGAUAAUGGUCCUCUGUACGCCUAUGUAGAUAUUUCAUUAAAAAAUCUGCCGUUUCCAGCUACAAUAGCCAUUUACAACAUUAACAAUGUCUACACUGUAUUUUUGAUCAAUUUGAUGUUAUUUUAAUGGACAAAAACAUUGCUUUUCUUUCAAAAACAAGAACAUUUCUAAGUGACUUUUGAACGGUAGUGUAUACACACACACACACAAACACACACAUAUACAGUACACACACAUAUAUACACACACACACAUAAAGUCGAACACCACCCCAUAAACCUCUAAAAACUCCCUACCUCUCUCUCUCUCUCUCUAUCAGGCUGCUAAGUGGUGUGAUGAUGGCCUCUACCUGCUGGCCUCCCAACCCGUGGACAAGUGUCAGUCACAUGAAGGGGCGGAGACAGCGCUGCAGGAGAUCGAGCGUUACCUAGAUACGGCAGGACAGAACAAACUGACUGAUCCUAGCGUCAUCUGCAGUGAUUACGAGACAGUGCUCAACCAGGACUUCAGGGUAAGGGGCUCCAGCUCUCUGACAUGCAGUCAUGUAUGGUCACUAAAAUGUGUCAUCAUAAUGUAAUGAAGUCAAUACAAAGAAAGGAUGGCACAGCAAACAAAUAGCUGUCAACACCUGUGAGUGUCCCAGAGAGUCAUUCUGCUGCUUGGUCCGCUCCUCUUCUCUUCCUCUCAUCUGCACUCCUCUCUCCUUUCCUCUCCUCUCAUCUCCCCCCUCUCCGCUCCUCUCCUCCUCCUCUCUCCUCCUCCCUCAGGACCAAGUAGAGAAGGUCUUUCAGAAGCAGGUGUCCAUGCAGGAGAUGUUUGAGAAGAGGAUGGUCAGUCUGAAGAAGCUGGCAGCCAAACAGACCAGGCCAGUCCAGCCUGUGGCCCCAAGGCCUGAAGCCUUCAUCAAGUCCCCACUGUCCUCGCCAGGUGAGUCCUGACAUGCCACAUGUCCUGAAGUACCACCAGUCCUUACAUACCAGCAGCACCCUGUCCUCACAAAUACAGUCAAUGUAUAUUUAGAUAUGUGUGUAGUGUUAAUUUCCCACCUCAUGUCUUCCCCUCUCUCUUCCUCUCCCCCAUAGCAAAGAGAGUGAUGGAGAAGAGCUGCUCAGAGGGAGACUCUGUGAAUGGGGUCAGCUGUAGAACAGUAAGUAGAGGUUCCUCUUACUUUGGUCUGUCUUUUAUUGUGGGGUAGUAUUAUCAUACCUGUGGUAUGUAUGUUAAAUGAGACACUAGCUCCAGUCAUUUCAGUAGAUACUCAUCCUAUCCUGUGUUCUCAGGUGGAGGACCAGCUACAGAACAACAGAAGUGCCUCUCUGUCAGAGGAGGACGAGAACCUGGCCAUCCUCAGAAAGUAAGUUCUCUGGGUGUUUUGUCAGCUGUUAUGAUGUAUGAUGCUAGUGUCUUCAUUAUGUCUGACCGUCUGUCUGUAUUGAGUCUUUGAUGUUUCUCUGACUUGUGUGUGUUGUGUUUCACCCCAUACAAAUAAGAAGGAUAAAGACUCCCUAAUCAUCUGGUGUCUGUGUCAUGUCUGGCCUGUGUGCAGGCUAUAGCGUCUGACCUGCCUAUAUUAUCAUAAUAUAAUUAUGUCUGACCCGUCUAAGGUUGCAAAAUUCCCAGGUUUUCCAGAAACUAUGGUCGGAGGAUUCCGUAUUUCCUGCUUAUUCCCUCUCGAUUCCGGAAAUCUUCCUACUGGGAUUCCUAGAAAACCUUGGAAUUUGGGGAAAGUUACGGGAAUUUUAAAAACCCUAGACCUGUCUAAAUCAUGCUGACCUGUCUAUAUUCUGUCUGACCUGUCUAUAUUCUGUCUGACCUGUGCUAUCUCUCUCUGUAGACAUGUAAUGAAUGAGCUGCUGGAGACAGAGAGGGGGUACGUGGAGGAACUGCACUGUGUCCUACAGGUGUGUAUCCCUCUCCCCUGGACCAUAUGAAGCCUCUAUCCCUCUCCCCUGGACCAUAUGAAGCCUCUAUCCCUCUCCCCUGGACCAUAUGAAGCCUCUAUCCCUCUCCCCUGGACCAUAUGAAGCCUCUAUCCCUCUCCCCUGGACCAUAUGAAGCCUCUAUCCCUCUCCCCUGGACCAUAUGAAGCCUUUAUCCCUCUCCCCUGGACCAUAUGAAGCCUCUAUCCCUCUCCCCUGGACCAUAUGAAGCCUCUAUCCCUCUCCCCUGGACCAUAUGAAGCCUCUAUCCCUCUCCCCUGGACCAUAUGAACCUUCUCAGUCCUCCUCACCUGUGUGCAUCGGUCUUAAGUGUUCAGCUUAGCCUCUCCACAUCAUGAGCUCAAUCAUUAGUGGUGGUGGGUAACAAAACUGCCUAUUGGUCAUCCUAAGUCAUCUUUCUCUGUGUGUUUCAGGGCUAUGCCUCAGAGAUGGACAACCCAGCCAUGGCCAGCCUCAUGCCGGCUCCACUACAGAACAAGAAAGAUGUGCUGUUUGGCAACAUGCCAGAGAUCUACCACUUCCACAAGAGGUAAACAAGCGCCCCCUAGCGGUUAAUAAUGAUGCUCACACAGUGAUAGAACUACUGUCAUUGUACUGACUAACUAAUCAUAUUUUUCUCUCUGCCUCAUCAUCUUCCAGAACCUUUCUGAGGGAGUUGGAAGAGUACCAAGACUGCCCAGAACUUGUGGGUCAUUGUUUUCUGGAGAGGGUGAGUGUUUGGAGAUUGAACUGGAAUAUGUUGUGUCUAAAUCACUAGGCUGAUUUUUUUAUUUUACCUUUAUUUAACUAGGCAAGUCAGUUAAGAACUAAUUCUUAUUUACAAUGACGGACUACACCGGCCAAACCCGGACGACGCUGGACCAAUUGUGCGCCGCCCUAUGGGCCUCCCAAUCACGGCCGGUUGUGAUACAGCCUGGAAUCGAACCAGGGUGUCUGUAGUGACGCCUCUAGCACUGAGAUGCAGUGCCUUAGAUGGCUGGUUGUGAUGCAGGGGUAUUUCUCUCUCAACCUUUCUCUCUUUUCUUCAUUCUCUCUCAGAUGACAGACCUGCAGAUCUAUGAGAAGUAUUGUCAGAAUAAGCCUCGCUCUGAGAGCUUGUGGAGACAAUGCUCCGACUGCGCCUUCUUCCAGGUACACACCUACAGUGCCUUCGGAAAGUAUUCAGACCCCUUGACUUUUUCCACAUUUUGUUACGUUACAGCCUUAUUCUAAAAUUGAUUAAAUAAAUAAAAAUCCUCAUAGAUCUACACACAAUACCACAUAAUGACAAAGUGAAAACAUGUUUAUAGAAAUGUUUGCAAAAUGUAUUAAAACUGAAAAACAGAAAUACCUUAUUUACAUACUUAUUCAGACCCUUUGCUAUGAGCUCAGGUGCAUCCUGUUUCCAUUGAUCAUCCUUGAGAUGUUUCUACAACUUGAUUGGAGUCCACUUGUGGUAAAUUACAUUGACUGGACAUGAUUUGGAAAGGUUUUUGUUUGUCAUUAUGGGGUAUUGUGUGUAGAUUGAUGAGUGGGGGAAAUGUUUUACAAUCCAUUUUAGAAUAAGGCUGUAACGUAACAAAAUGUGGAAAAAGUCAAGGGGUCAAUACUUUCCGAAUGCAUUGUAUACACACCUCCCCUAAGGUACACACCAUAUACAUACCUCCCCUAAGGUAUACACCAUAUACACACCUCCCCUAAGGUACACACCAUAUACACACCUCCCCUAAGGUACACACCAUAUACACACCUCCCCUAAGGUACACAUCAUAUACACACCUCCCCUAAGGUACACAUCAUAUACACACCUCCCCUAAGGUACACACCAUAUACACACCUCCCCUAAGGUACACAUCAUAUACACACCUCCCCUAAGGUACACAUCAUAUACACACCUCCCCUAAGGUACACAUCAUAUACACACCUCCCCUAAGGUACACAUCAUAUACACACCUCCCCUAAGGUACACACAGACCCCCAAUAGCUUCAGGCCUGAGCGGUUAUUAUCUCCUACUAAUCUAUUCUCCCUGUUCUGGUCUGUACCAGGAAUGUCAGAAGAAGCUGGAACAUAAACUGGGCUUGGACUCCUAUCUCCUGAAACCGGUCCAGAGGAUCACCAAAUACCAGCUCCUGUUGAAGGUAUAUAAUCUUUAAAGAUCAAAUUCGCAUUUGGGGAAACAGCUCCAUCCUCUCUCCUUCACUUCCUCAUGCCUUAAAGCUGAAAUUCAUACAGAGGGAAACAGCUCCAUCCUCUCUCCUUCACUUCCUCAUGCCUUAAAGCUGAAAUUCAUACAGAGGGAAACAGCUCCAUCCUCUCUCCUUCACUUCCUCAUGCUUUAAAGCUGAAAUCCAUAGAGGGAAACAGCUCCAUCCUCUCUCCUUCACUUCCACAUGCUUUAAAGCUGAAAUCCAUAGAGGGAAACAGCUCCAUCCUCUCUCCUUCACUUCCUCAUGCUUUAAAGCUGAAAUCCAUACAGAGGGAAACAGUUCCAUCCUCUCUCCUUCACUUCCUCAUGCCUUAAAGCUGAAAUCCAUACAGGGGGAAACAGCACCACUGUUUGCCCCAGCACCUUUGUUAUUGUUUUGUUGAGGAAACGGAGGAGAGGAGCAUCAUGGUAAAAAAAAAUUGCAGCACAUAUUCUGCUGUUCUAUCUCCAGUGCAAUGAUGUCCGAGGGAAAAAAAACAGUGCUGGUUGUUUGUAGUAACUUCUUUGUUGUUGUAAUAUCUCAAACGGACGUGGCAGUUUCACCGAUUAAGGAUUCUAGUUUUAAGUUGUCUCAAGCAUUCAAAUAUUUAGGUCCAUAUUAAUAUCCUUUGUAUUUUGUUCUUUAUACACCGUUCCAUUACAGAUCCAAAAACAGACUUCAAUGUGUGUCUUUGAAUUGUAGGAGCUACUAAAGUACAGUAAGGGCUGUGAGGGGUCAGAGGACCUUCAGGAGGCGCUCACCUCUAUCCUGGGCAUCUUGAAGGCUGUCAACGACUCCAUGCACCUCAUUGCUAUCACUGGAUACGAUGUGAGUUUAUCAUCGCUCAACUUCACAUUGUAUGAAAUGUACAGCAUAUUGUAUGAAAUGUACUUCAUAUUGUAUGAAAUGUACUGCAUAUUGUAUGAAAUGUACUGUAUAUUGUAUGAAAUGUACUUCAUAUUGUAUGAAAUGUACGUCAUAUUGUAUGAAAUGUAUUCCUUUCAUGGCGUCAUCAUCACAUUACAUCAUCAGAGAUGUCAAUAUUACAUGGGUCAGCAGCACCAUAGCUUAUGAUGACACAUUAACUUUCUCCUGACCUGUGACCCCUCCUCUGAUAGGGUCACCUGGGUGACCUGGGCCGGCUGCUGAUGCAGGGGUCAUUCAGCGUAUGGACGGAACACAAGAAAGGUCACGCCAAGGUCAAGGACCUGGCCCGCUUCAAGCCCAUGCAGAGACACCUGUUCCUGCAUGAGAAAGCCCUGCUCUUCUGUAAGAGACGCGAGGAGAACGGGGAGGGCUAUGAGAAAGCCCCCUCCUACAGCUUCAAACAGUCCCUCAGCGUAAGUCUGUCUGUCUCUCUUUCUGUCUGUCUGUCUGUCUGUCUGUCUGUCUGUCUGUCUGUCUGUCUGUCUGUCUGUCUGUCUGUCUGUCUGUCUGUCUGUCUGUCUGUCUGUCUCUCUCUUUCUGUCUGUCUGUCUGUCUGCCUUUCUCUUUGUCUGUCUGUCUCUCUCUUUCUGUCUGUCUGUCUGUCUGUCUGUCUGUCUGUCUGUCUGUCUGUCUGUCUGUCUGUCUGUCUGUCUGUCUGUCUGUCUGUCUGUCUGUCUGUCUGUCUGUCUGUCUGUCUGUCUGUCUGUCUGUCUGUCUGUCUGUCUGUCUGUCUGUCUGUCUGUCUGUCUGUCUGUCUGUCUGUCUGUCUGUCUGUCUGUCUGUCUGUCUGUCUGUCUUACCAAGUGUUUGAUAUUGCAAGUGAGUUAAGAUAUAUGUUUUACAAGCUAACAUUUUCCAAAACGGUAUGCCCUCUACCAGAUGAGUGCUGUGGGCAUCACUGAGAAUGCCAAAGGUGACAACAAGAAGUUUGAGGUCUGGUGCAACUCACGGGAGGAGGUGUACAUCGUACAGGUGUGUGACCAUCACUCAAACCCUGCCCAUUCCACUGCUAUAGAUUACAUGACAAUGUAUUUAUUUUUUACAAUGAUACACAAGUCAUAUCUGACUCUAUUUGGAAAAAACAUGUAACACAUGUAUCUGCACUAACCAGUAAUGGGUUUCAUCGUUGUAAUUCAGGCCCCGACAUCUGAUGUGAAAACGACGUGGGUGAACGAGAUCCGUAAGGUUCUGACAACACAGCUGGAGGCCUACAGAGGUAGGCAGGGUGUCUGUGGCAGACCUGGGGUGAUAUAGUAUUUGUUUUCUUUCUAAUACUUUGAGUGUAUUAUAUUGUAAUCACAUUGUGCAUUACAUUGCUCAGUGGUCAUGAUGAGGUGGGACUGUAGUAGAUAACCCUGCGUGUCUUCUAGAAGCCAGCCAACAGAGGCCGUCAGACGGACUGUUCCAGUUCCCUCCUGCCGCUGGAGGACCUGUCAGCCUCGGGUCAGUCACAUGGCCCAUACUGACCUAUCACAGACCCUCUCCUACACUUGUCCUAUACUGACCUAUCACAGACCCUCUCCUACACUUGUCCUAUACUGACCUAUCACAGACCCUCUCCUAUACUUGUCCCAUACUGACCUAUCACAGACCCUCUCCUACACUUGUCCCAUACUGACCUAUCACAGACCCUCUCCUACACUUGUCCCAUACUGACCUAUCACAGACCCUCUCCUACACUUGUCCCAUACUGACCUAUCACAGACCCUCUCCUACACUUGUCCUAUACUGACCUAUCACAGACCCUCUCCUACACUUGUCCUAUACUGACCUAUCACAGACCCUCUCCUACACUUGUCCCACAUUGACCUAUCACAGACCCUCUCCUACACUUGUCCCAUAUUGACAUAUCACAGACCUGCUCUCAUAGCCUGACGACACACUAAAUUCUUCCGUUGCUCUGUCGUUCGCUACAUACGCUAGUCUGAGACUGCCGUCAUUGAAGUCAUUAUGGUGAUGAGGGGCAUGAGGAGCUUUGUACCAAACAAAGUCAUCAGCGAUUGGAUAAUCUCUAACCAAUCAGAGUAUCAAAGCCAAUGAAAAAGUUUCAAACCGCAGCUUUACCCACGUGUGUUCUGGCUCUGGCCCAACGCAUCGGUUUCUGGACCAUUCAGACGGCCCCGAAUGUGUUCGUAUUCAGUGAAGUGGUAUAAAGUACUUAAGUAAAAAUACUUAAAAGUACUACUUAAGUAGUUUUGGGGAGGUAUCUGUACUUUACUAUUUAUAUUUUUGACAACUUUUACUUUACACCACUAUAUUCCUAAAGAAAAGAAUGUACUUUUUACUCCCAUACAUUUUUCCUGACACCCAAAAGUACUUGUUACAUUUUGAAUGCUUAGCAGGUCAUGAAAAUGGUCCAAUUCAUGCAUUUAUCAAGAGAACAUCACUAGUCAUCCCUACUGCCUCUGAUCUGGUGGACUCACUAAACACAAAUGCUUCAGUUGUAAAUGAUGUCUGAGUGUUGGAGUGUGCCCCUGGCUAUCCAUAAUUAUUAUUUUUUUUACUAGAAAACCGUGCCGUCUGGUUUGCUUAAUACAGUGGUUCCCAACCAGGGGUACUAGGACCCCUGGGGGUACUUAGCCUAUCCAUAGGGGGUACUUGAGAAGACUUAUGAGACCAAAGGCCUACUGGUAAAAUGCACGAGGGGGUACUUCAGGGGCACUUCGGGCAGAGCAAAAUUCAGUUUGUGAUACAGUAACUGAAAAGGAUGGGAACCACUGGCUUAAUAUAAGGAAUGUGAAAUUAUUAAUACUUUUACUUUUGAUACUUAAGUAUAUUUUCGCAAUUACAUUUACUUUUGAAAAUGAAGUAUAUUUAAAUCCAAAUACUUUUAGCCUUUUAUUCAAGUAGUAUUUUACUGAGUGACUUUCACUUUUACUUGAGUUAUUUUCUAUUAAGGUAUCUUUACUUUUACUCAGGUAUGACAAUUGGGUACUUUUUCCACCACUGAGGGUCGGGGAGGUACUUAGAUCCAGACGCAUUGAGGAGAAGAAACUAACGUCCGUGGGCGUGACGUAGCGUUUGGCCGGAGCAAGAAGUCUGGGUAGCCAGGCAACUCCUCUUUGCCUCUCAUGCCCAAUGAGAAGGAUUUAUUUUCCAGUCUAGUAUAAAUCGCAUGGAGGGUAUGGGUUUUGUGGGUACAGAAUUGAUAAUGGUUAUAACCUGAACACAACAUGUUGUGUAACCUCAGUGUGUUGCAGUGUGACUGACGUGUUUCAUCCUCCUGUUUCCUCAGUCCAUUUAGAAGAGGGGAGAGGAGCAUGAAGGAGAAGAAGGGAGAACCGAGCAGCCCCGAUGCUAACUCCUGCUCCUCCCCAAAAACCAAAGGUGAGCAGAGAUGGGGGGGGGGGGGGGGAGAAGGGGCUAGGAGGGUACUGCUGUAUAACACAAACACAGCUCAGACCACCACCUUUCAAUUGGGUAUAAUGCUAAAUUCAACACUAUUUCCUUAUUUUAUGUCUCACAUACCUCUCCCUGUUGCUCUCCUGUUCCUCAUGCCACUCACCUCUCCCUCAUUCCCUCUCUCCCCUGCUCCUCUCCUUCUCCUGGCCCAGACGAGGCAAUGACCAGUCCUACCUUAGACAGAGCAGCAGUGGCUAAAAAGCGUUUUACCUUGCAGGGCUUCAGCAACUUCAGCAAAGGUAAUAGCACUAUCUCGCCACCAGGGGCUGCCAUAGUACUUUAUGUGACUACAUCAUGCCAGCACUUUACAAGGCUAAUGUCAGCACUGUAGCCUACAACACGAUAAAUCAUGGCACGCUUCCUUCCACAGACCUCUCACCUCCUGACAAUAAAAGCUUAACUUUACCCAGGAUGCCUCUCUCUCUGCCAGGUACAGAUUAGUGUCUAGAGUUAACUGUGUCCCAUAGCUUUAGGCUUCAGACCCUGUAUCUCUGUUUUUCACCACUAUAGUCUCAGAGUAGUGUGUGCUGUUGGAUAACAAUGGCAGUGCACAGAACAACACAGAGUAGACAUACUUCCUGUAACAUCCACUUUAAAGAUAUGCUACUACUUAUUUCUACUUCCUGUUAGUGUUUAGCUGCUCUUCUUCACUCUCUUCCUCCUCCUCACUUCUCUUCUUCUAUUCGGCUAGGUUCUCCCACAAGCCCUGACCAUAAAACCAAACGUCAUGAGAUAAAGAGUGAUCCCACUCCGUUCGGCUUCAAAGGUACACCAUCCCAUAAUAACCCUAUUCACUAAAUCUGUGGUCGAACACGGUCGCUGCAUUUCAUUAUUUCGACGGUGGUUGGUCAGGGUGUAUUGAUUUUUUGCACACAGCAGUUUCUCCCCUCAGACAAAGAGAACAUGGUUCAUCAGGGAAUGUAUGAAACACUGUGUUGACUGACAGGCAACAGCGGUCGUAGUUACCACGCUCGGUCAUUUACUGUGGUUGAGUAUGUUCGCUGCGGUCGAUUCCUUUGACUGUGUUUCAUGCGGUCGUGUGUCUCUCUCUCUCAGAACCAGGCCCUCACGCUCACCUCCACCUGGGCAGAGUCAGGUGGCUCAGCACCUCUAGUCUCUUACAGGCCAAGAGGAGAGGUACCGUACAGCACUCAAUUGGACUGGACUAGAUUAUUAAAAUGUGUAGUGAGCACAAAAUGACUGCCGAAUUUCACUGAGAGGUUUGCCCCUCAUCUCUCUCACUCCCUGCACACUGUGUUCCCAGGCCUGAGUGUGUGUAUGCACAUGCAAUACAUUUAUCAAGAAACAGGCACGUUCCUGGUUGCUUAGUAGUGUUGCGGUUCUGAAUGGUCGAGCACGAUUACUGUAGGCUCACUGAUGGCUUUGUGGUUGAGUUCCACAGGACUUGGUCCUGUUCACUCUGAUCGUGGUCCACCCUGUCACUGACCAUGUCUGGUCUGGCAGAAGUUGCUGCAGUGCCUGCUCUCACUGUCCCUGUGUGUGUGUGUGUGUGUGUGUGUACGUGUGCGUGUUUCAGACUAGACAUGACACCAUACUCUUACGUACCCUCUCUCCCUUCCUCCUCUAGGAUGGACCAAGGGCUCUCUCUCAUUGGACGCCAACGAGGAGAAUGAUGGGUACUCUAGCACUGAGGAGCCCCUAACCUCAGACCCUGAGGACGAGGGGGGAAAGAAACUGGUGAGUGUGGACGUGUUUAACUAUACUUGUGUGGACGAGAAGUGCCCACAAAAAUAGUAAACCAAGAAAUUAGGGUUAAGGUUAGGUUUUUGGGUUAGGGUAAGGGUACGAGUUAGGGUUAGGGAAAAUAGGAUUUUGAAUGGGACUGAAUUGUCCCCACAAGGUUAACUGCGCAAGAGUGUGUGUGUGUGAGGAUUGUCAUCCACUCCAAGCUGUUUUGUAGCUCCACAUACAAACCGUUUUAAAAGAAUAGUUUACAAUCAUACAUACAAUGUAACACCCUAUCCUGACGGUGUGCAGCGUGCAGGGAAGUACACAGUGGUGUCUGACUAUGAGAAGAUCAGGGCCCAGGAUCUGUCAGUCAAGAGUGGUGAAACGGUUCAGCUGAUCAAGAAGGGAGAAGAUGGACAGUGGUGAGAAUAUUACCUCGACACUGGGUUUCACACAAUCACACUCAUAGCCUAUUCCAACAAGGUAAUAUUCAUUAGGGCACAUCAUAGUAAAAAGGUAGCUAAGUGCUGAUCGUGGGGGGGGCGGAAUUGUGUGUGUUUCUGUGUUGCUGCAGGUUUGUGAAGAAUCUGAAGACUAAGCAGGAGGGCUGGGUGGCUGCAGCCAACCUUCACACCCUGAUUGGAGAGUCCACGUCCUGCCAGUCUCUCACCAGUUCAGGUAAAACCUCCUCCUCUCCAUCUAGGUAGAAUUAUGUGUGUGUGUGUGUGUGUGUGUACAUCUCUCCUAAACCAUCUCCUCUAACCUCUGUGUAUGUCUGUGUGUGUGUAUUACAGAGGGCAGUGGCUCAGGGAACCUCAGCACUUCAUCCAGCUGCUGUGAGACCUACACCAGCUUCUCUGACAUAAAGCCCUGAACCCUCCACCCUUCCCUGGUCCCAUCAGGCCGCCCCUGGUCUCCAGAACCGAACCCAACAGCACCAGCUGGUGGCUCCCCCAACAAAGCAGCACUUCCUCCCCCUACCCAAAACCCAACUUUGCCCCUCCUUACCCAGAGGCAAGCCCUUGGAUUAG